AUGGAAGAUAAAAUUAUGCAAAUGUUGCAGUCGUUGUCGUAUCAGUUGGAAAAACAAGAUGAAGCGCUUUCUUUGCUCGAAGCAGAGCAAAACAUCUUGGCAUCCAAAGGUAUCAAGCAAGUUGAGAGUUCGCAGGUUCCAGUGUUGGAUCGCGUCAAGGAUAUUUCAUCAUCUCCCGCUCUUGCCUCUGAUAUUUUGUCGUCCGUAAAAUCUUCUAUUUGCCAGUCGAAGAUUUGUUCUGAGUCGCUUUCAAAACAUUUAGUCGUGCCGUCGUCGCAGUCGAGGUCGCAGUCGAAGUUACAGUCGCAUUCAAGGUCGUCGUUGUCACAAUAA